AGCGGCACGACACAAAUGGGAAUGGUAGCCCAGAUGGGAUGGCCCAUUUAACAAACUCAACCGUACGACGACGUAUUACAGUUGUUGCCUGUUCUGUUCAUGGAGUUCCCGAGAAAGUCUUCCAAAUUCCGUUCACAUUUCGCUACCGUCAUCCCUUUCUCUGAUGCGUUUUUGUUUAUUAAUUAUCUCCCCGGCGGAACCGCCACCUCUUCCAUGAAGAACAAUGAAGAAGAAAGCUCCUCUAGCACCUGCCCGCAGCCUUAUCUGGUUCAGUUGGAAGCUUCUCAUCACCUUCUCUCUUGCUAUUUGCAUUCUCGCUCUUAUUAGGCUUCAUUCGUCUUCUCGGACCGACCUCGCCUCUGCUUCAUUAUCUCGUCGAUUGCGUCCUCCUUCUGAUUCAUUUUUAGGCCGCCCUAAGAUCGCCUUCUUGUUUCUCACUCGUCGGAACCUUCCUCUUGAUUUUCUUUGGGGAAGCUUCUUUGAGAAUGGCGACGUUGCGAACUUCUCGAUUUAUAUUCACUCGGCGCCCGGAUUUGUGUUCGAUGAAUCGACCACAAGGUCGCAUUUCUUUUUUGGACGACAAUUGGAUAAUAGCAUACAGGUGGCCUGGGGAAAGUCAAGUAUGAUUGCUGCAGAGAGGUUAUUACUUGAAGCAGCACUUGAGGAUCCUGCUAACCAGAGAUUUGUUCUUCUAUCAGACAGUUGCGUUCCACUAUACAAUUUUAGCUAUAUAUACAGCUAUCUCAUGGCUUCCCCAAGGAGUUUCGUGGACAGUUUUCUUGAUGCAAAGGAGGGUCGCUAUAACCCAAAAAUGUCACCUGCUAUACCUAAGAGCAAAUGGAGAAAAGGUUCCCAGUGGAUCAGUUUGAUUCGUAGUCAUGCAGAAGUAGUUGUGGAUGAUGAUAUCAUAUUCCCGAUCUUUGGAUUAUUCUGCAAGCGAAGGCCGCCUGUGGAUGCCAGCAAAGGAAAUAUGAACAUUAAACUUCAAAAGCAGCACAACUGUAUUCCAGAUGAACACUAUGUCCAAACAUUGCUUGCUUUAAAUGAACUCGAAGGUGAACUUGAACGAAGAACAGUAACUUACACGCUGUGGAAUCAGUCAACCACUACAAUGGAGAAUAAGGGAUGGCAUCCUAUUACGUUUAGCUAUGCUAAUGCUGGACCUCGGCAGAUUAAGGAAAUAAAGGGAAUCAACCAUAUCUACUAUGAGACUGAAUUCAGGACGGAAUGGUGUCGAAAUAAUUCAACUUUUGUCUCUUGUUUUUUAUUUGCCAGAAAAUUUUCUCAGGGAGCUGCUAUGCGAUUAUUAAGUGAGGGAGUAGUGAGCCACUUUGAUGCCUCAGCAUUAUUAGACAAAAAGAUCUACUGAAUUGAACUAUUCUCAUUCAUCAUAGUCACCUAGUUAACAGAUUAAAUAUUCCACAAAGUUUUUAACCAUAAAUGUUGUCUCUUGAAAUUAGUUAAAAUUCUUUGAGGCCUGCGUGAGUUAAAUACUCUCCUGAAAUUAGUUUGCCCAUCUAACUUAAACAUUUGUUGGUCCCUGUUUUCAUUUGACUGUAUCUUCACAUGAAAAAAUGGAUCGUUUCAAGGUAGUCUCUCUGUUCAAGGUGUAUCGGCAUUGUCAGCCAUUUUAGAAGAGGAACUGCCCUGUACAUGUCGAAAAGAUGGUUGCUGUACGCUUGAUUUUGAUGUAAUUUCGAGGGUUCUUUUUUUUUAGGCCAAGUGUGGGAUGCGAGACCAGAGUGGAAAGUCGUGUCAAUUACCAACAUUAAAGUUCAAUUUGACAUGUAAUAUAGAGUUAAUUUGUUCAUUUAUAUGCUCGUUUAUUCAUUAUAGUGGCUACUUUGUUGACA